GUCCUGCCUGCAGAUAGAGGGGGCAGCUGGUGAGCUCAGUGUUUUUGUGUCAGUUCUGGCCUCAGCUGGCCCCACCUGCACUGGCACCCCCAGCUUCCACAGGGUGGGGAGGUGACCCGCAUUGACAAUUGUAACACUUUGGCCAACAUUUGAAGACUCAGCCAAAACAGAACUUGUGAGCUAGCUAUUGACAGAAGCAGCAGCAGCCCUAUUGGCAUAUGUGGGCCAAGGGCCCAGGGGCAGUCUGUAGAGAGCUCUCUCACACAGAGAAGGGUUUGUGUUUUCUGUCUGUUCAGGCCUUCAACUAACUGGAUGAGGCCCACCCAUGUUCCAAAGGGCAAGCUGUUUUACUGAUUUAUAUGCUCAUCUCAUCCAAAAACACUCUUAUAGAAACACCCAGAAUAACAUUUGACACAGUAUCUGGGUAUCCAGCUGACACAUAAGAUUAACCAUCUCAUCACACUCAUCAUAAGUCUGGAACCUGAAAUGUGACGGUACUGCCAGGCCCAAACCCCGCUUGCUCAGGCUUCUCCGAGUGUACUCUACGGUUCUGGAGCUCACAUGAGUUGCUCCUUGGGGAUGGGUGAUAACCGUAUGGUCGACUUGGAAACAGUAGCACAGAACCAAGAUGGUGCACAGACAAGCAAGAGAUGUCUGGACAUGUCUCUGAAUGAUAGCCCCAGAUGCUGGAGCUGAUGAGGUUUGAAAUUCAGGCUUCAGUGACUUAAGGCCCAUAUUUUAUCUAUUAAACAUUAACAGAAUGUUAUUUGGAGGGAGAGACCCAGGCCAGGAGGUCUGUGAAGUGCAGGCUUAGUUAGUGAGUAGCUGAAAAACAUCAAUUAAAAAACAGCACACACUAACUUAUUGCUGGCAGAAUGAGAAUGUUUAAAAUCCUUUAGACAGGGAGAAAACAGAUGUGGUCAAGGGUUUUGGUGGGUAACUCACCUGAAAUACCACAGAUUAUCCCCUGAGGAUGGGACUGUCGCUAAAGGGCAAGACUGAUCGAGCCUGAUAAGGAUUUAUGUUCUAAGACACUGUCCCCACCUCUCCUCUCCAUGUAGAAAAUGUCUGAAAUUGAACUUUGUUAACCUAGUAUUAAGGUUUGUACAUCGUGUGUGCAGUAGAUUUUGGGGGUUUGCCAUAAGUUGUUAAGUUUCGUGAGGCCUCAGCCCCUUGGGUGGAUGGACCUUCAGAGGAAGGAGACAGAGGACACCUGGGGCUAGUGGCGGCUAGCUUGUCUGAAGGGCAGCGUAGUUUGGGGCAAUGAUUCAGAAACGAAGUCUGAAUAUCUGGGAGUGUAACUGGAUGAGAGGACACAUCCAGGGCCCAGGGGAGUAGCAGCUGGUGAAGAGGGCUGGCCAGAGCAGCACCAUGGGUGGCAGAGGAUGCAGGUGUGGCGUGGCCUGCCCUGUGCUGAAGGACAGGGGCCCUCAAUGAAACGAUCACAGGAUGGCAAUAGUAAACGCUAGUAGAAACGGAAAAGAAGUCCUUACAGAAGGACAGGCUUGGCAUCCUCCUCGACUCACAGUCCUUUGUGUGAUCUGGGGCCCAGAGCCUGACUCCACCACCUUCCCCACCAUCAAAAAAGAAAAAGCCUGGAUGACCACAGGAUCCCCAUGGGAGAGGGCUGGAGGAUCAUCAGAAAAGCCCUUUCUGAGGAAAAACGUGUCUCAACCAAGACAUCAGCCGCAGACCUGGUGACAGAGACGGACCACGUGGUGGAGGCCCUGAUCCUGCAGGAGUUGCAGACCAGAUUUCCCUCCCACAGGUUCAUUGCCGAGGAGGCUGCGGCCGCCGGGGCCAAGUGCGUGCUCACACCCAGCCCCACCUGGAUUGUGGACCCCAUUGACGGCACCUGCAACUUUGUGCACAGGUUCCCGACCGUGGCGGUGAGCAUUGGCUUUGCUGUGAACCAGGAGCUGGAGUUUGGGGUGAUUUACCACUGCACGGAGGAGCGGCUGUACACGGGCCGGAGGGGCCAGGGUGCCUUCUGCAACGGUCAGCGACUGCACGUCUCUGGGGAGACAGACCUGUCCAAGGCCCUGGUUCUGACAGAAAUCGGACCCAGACGGGACCCCGCGACCCUGAAGCUGUUCCUGAGCAACAUGGAGAGGCUGCUCCACGCGGGUGCCCACGGGGUUCGUGUCAUCGGCAGCUCCACCCUGGCACUCUGCCAUCUGGCUGCGGGCACCGCCGACGCCUACUACCAGUUUGGCCUGCACUGCUGGGACCUGGCCGCAGCCACGGUCAUCAUCAGGGAAGCUGGGGGCGUUGUGAUGGACACAUCAGGCGGGCCACUGGACCUCAUGUCAUGCAGGGUGGUUGCUGCAGGCACGCGGGAGAUGGCGGUGCUCAUUGCCCAGGCCCUGCAGACAAUUAACUACGGGCGGGACGAUGAGCGGUGAGGGGAGCAGACACAGGGCCACACUGGAUGGGGUCUACCGGGAGCCUGGAGCUGGCGAGACCCUGAACAACAGGAAUUCCUGAUCCCCAGAAGAGCCAUCAGGCCAAGCCUGGCUGUCCGGCUGAGCCUGUGUCUGGGCAUCUUUGCUGUCUGGUGUCUUCUCUCUGUGACCUCACGUCAGGUUAGUCCAGCCAUCCACCAGGGCUGGAACCCAGAUCUCACAGGACAUAUAUGCUGUGCAGUGCUGAUACUGCAAUCAUGAUUUUGUUUCCAGAAUGCAAAUCUCAGGUGAUAAGGCUUUAGAACUGCUGAUAAAGUAGGCUCGUUCUCAGCACCCCUCCCCGGCCCCCUCUGACACUUCAGAAUACAAUAAACCAAGUGACGCCACUCUG